GCAGCAUGAGCGCGGCAGAUCCUGGUCACGGGGCGGGCGCAACCCCUGACUCGCACCCGGGCCGGGCGGCGGUCGCCUCGGCUUACCAGAGCUUCGAGCCCCGCGCCUACCUCCGCAACAACUAUGCGCCCCCGCGAGGGGACCUGAGCAGCCCUGACGGCGUCGGGCCUUGGAAGCUGCGCUGCUUGGCGCAGACCUUCGCCACCGGUGAGGUGUCUGGACGCACCCUCAUCGAUGGUUCAGGCGGCCCCACCAUAUACCAGCUGCUUAGCGCCUGUACCCACUUUGAGGACAUCACCAUGACAGACUUCCUGGAGGGGAACCCCCAAGAGUUGGGGCUCUGGCUGCGGGAGGAAGCUGGGGCCUUUGAUUGGAGCACGUAUAGCCGGCACGUCUGCCUCAUUGAGGGCAAGGGUGAGUCCUGGCAGGAGAAAGAGCACCAGCUUCGAGCCACGGUGAAGAGGGUCCUGCCCAUUGAUGUGCACCAGCCCCAGCCCCUGGGUACUGGGAGCCUGGCUCCCCUGCCUGCUGAUGCCCUGGUCUCUGCCUUCUGCCUAGAGGCAGUGAGCCCAGAUCUUGCCAGCUUCCAGCGGGCCCUGGACCAUAUCACCACACUGCUGAGGCCUGGGGGGCACCUCCUCCUCAUUGGGGCCCUGGAAGAGUCGUGGUACCUGGCUGGGGAAGUCAGGCUGGUAGUGGUGCCAGUGUGUGAGGAAGAGGUGAGGGAGGCCCUGGUGCACAGCGGCUACGAGGUGCGGGACCUGCGCACCUACACCAUGCCUGCCCAUCUUCGGACAGGUGUAGACGAUGUCAAAGGCAUCUUCUUUGCCUGGGCCCAGAAGAAGGUCGGGGUGUGAUGCCCCAGUGCAGCCAGUGCCAGCAGCCCUCAUCCACCCAUAUUCCCUAUUAUCUGAGGUGGCACCUAAUAAAGAAAUGUCUCUGCUGCUGAGUGUCAGUGCUUUCUGUAGCUCUCCUGGGAAGCAUCAAGGACCAAGAGCUUGCU